AUUCAUGACGUAAUCACGCUCCAGUUCGGGCGGAAGUGUGUUGGAUUGUUCGCUUCUUCUCCGUCCUCUCGGUAAAUCUUCUCUUCCCGGUGACCAAAGUGAGAGUAAAGAUCAUUUCAUCAACAUUUCCGUCGAAGGGACCGCGGAUUUCUCUGCCGGACUGUGUCAUGGCGGUGAAGAAACAUCUUUAGGUGAGUUUAUAUGAGGAAUUAGCAGCAUAUGGAUCCUCUAAUGUUAGCGGUAAUAACGGGCAGUUAACCGGUUAAUAACGGAGCAGCUGCGAACAUCAACAAUAAACAGAUUUAAUACUGAAGAGAUUAAUAUUUUAUAUUUCUAAAGAUUUGUUUUAAUUCUGUCCUCAAACGAGUCUGCUUCAAUGGAGGAGUUUGAUCUUAUAUAACAGAGAGAUAAACCUCCUACUCUCCUUUAAUGGCCUGUUUUUAAAAUCACAUAUUUUUAUGGGAUUUUACUGAAAUGUAAAAUUAAACUUUAACAUUUAUUAUAGAAAUAAUUAACAAUAGACUGCUAGAGUCGUUGUACAUUUUGUUCCAAGUAAAUAUAUGAUGUAAGAAGCUGUUGGGUUAUUAUUCUGGAUAAUGUUUGACUAAAUUAUGAUAUUAUCUGAACACUGAAUACAGAUACAGAUCACAGCACUCCUGAUUUACACUCAGGAGUGCUGUGAAACAGGAGUGUGUGUUUGCUCCCACACUCUUUGGAAGAUUCUUCUCUUUGCUGCUGUCGUUCGCCUUCAGCCCAUCAGAUGAUGGCGUAGACUUCCACACCAGCAGCGAUGGAAAUCUCUUCAACCUCGCACGUCUGAGAGCAAAGACCAAAGUACGAAAAGUUCUGAUCAGGGAGCUGCUCUUUCCAGAUGACGCUGCUCAACCAACAAGACCAACAUCAUGGGCCAAGACAUCUGCAGCACCCCCUGCAUCUCCAUCGGUGACCACACCCUUGAGGUGGUGGAGGCCUUUACCUACCUCGGCUCCACCAUCUCAAAAAACCUCUCCUCGGAUGCUGAGCCGAACACAAGGAUCGGCAGGGCAGCAACAUCGAUGGCUCGUCUUGCAAAGAGGGUCUGGGACAACUCCAUGCUGACCAUCAACACCAAGAUGAAGGAGCUCCAAGCCUGUGUGCUCAGUACACUGCUGUAUGGACCCUCUACUCCCACCAAGAACGUAGACUCAAUUCCUUCCAUCUACGCUGCCUACGAAGGAUUCUUGGCAUCACCUGGCAGGACCGUAUCUCACUCAAAGGCACUUACGCUGGCUUGGCCACGUCAGCCGCAUGCAAGACGGCAGAAUCCCAAAGACAUGCUUUCACGGGGAGCUUGAAACCGGUCCCAGACCUAAGGGAAGGCCUCUUCUCCGCUACAAGGACGUCUGCAAGUGAGACCUGAAGGCAGGCGACAUGGACCCAGAUGGCUGGGAAGCUGUAGCUGCAGAAGAACAAUCAACAAAAGAGUUUAAUGAAUCUGAAAAUCUAACUGUCUGCUUUCAUUUUAAGAAAAUUUUGCUCCCCAAAGAAAUUAACAGUCUCAAUAAUUCAGGGUCUGUAGAGUUUACCUGUUACCUGUUUCAUUUCUGUCUUUUGGAAGUUCUCUUAAAUCUGGAAUACUCUGUCACAAACAGUACAGAGAGUUUUUAUGCAGCAUUAUGAUUUUUCUCUCCUUCUGCAGGAGAAAAACCCUCAGCCCCGGACUAGGACCCCGAUCAGACUGCCGGCACCAUGAGGUGACGACUGUGACACUGUGAACUUCUCCAACGUGGACAUAUGGCAAGGUAAGACACUGAUUGGCUGGAGUUUGGGAGCUUUGUGCUCGGGUUAUGGCAGAGAGUUGAAGUUUGAAACAAUACUAAAGAGAAAUCAGGUGGCAAUGAGACCCGUGUCAAAACUACGACACCAGGAAAGGACCUCCUGGAACUUUCAUUCCUCUAAUACCAGAGGAAGUCCUCGAACAUGUAACAUGCUAUGAAAUAUCCUCAUUUUCCACUUCUCUUGCAGCUGCUCUUGGUUGUGAAUGUGUCUGUUUCUCCUUUUCCAUACAGGCUGGUAGCAGGUCAUAAUCUGUGUCGUAUUUACUGUCAUGCUCUUACUCACUCGCCCUGAUUUGUGUUUGGUAACUUUUCUGUGAGACUCUCCUGAUGAGACGAACUCUCCCGUCACCUCCUCGUCCUCGUCGUCGUUGUUAAAGUCUUAAUCCUUUUUCCACAGGAUCAGUUUUUCCUGUCUGCCAGCCUUCUGGUACUGCAACGUGUCCCUGGUGUCUGUAAGCUGUCUCUCCAGACAGAGGCUGCUGCUGCUGCUGCUCUUCAUCACCUCCGCCUUCCUCCUCCUCGUAACCUACCAGAAGCAGCUGUGGGGCCCUCAGCGACGGCAGGGCUUCACUGUGAACAAGUGAGUGAUAAGAUAGAACUACAGUACAAAGUCUGCGUAACAUAAAAGAGCUUUGAAAAUAUAAAAUAAAUAGUAAAUUGAGGUUUGAUGUGAAGAAGCAGCGACCAAAAUAAACAGAUAAAUUAAAAGCUGAGCAGACGUGAAAUGUUGUUCUGAGACAUUAAAUUUGUAAAAGUUCAGGGUUUCUUCGCAGGAAUUUGAUAUCGUCGCAAAUUUUAUGCCGUUUAUUGUUAGCUUAUGUUGCUCUUGAACCUUGCGAAGGUGAAAAAAACGAUCCCUUUUUCUUAUUUCAAACACUGAAUAGCAGUUUAAGCCCCUCGAAUUCUCCAUCUUUGAAUCAGACCUUUUCCUCCGAGGUUAACGGAUAAUCCGUUCACACAAUUCUACAGUCCGUCUCUUAAAUAUCAUGGUCUAUAUUUUUCAUCCAUCCAUUUUCUACCACUUAUUCCCGUUCCCGGGGUCGUGGGGUGGGGGGUGGGAUGCUGGAGCCUAUCUCAGCAUCUUCUGGUGAAGGCAGGGGACACCCUGGACAAGUCGCCAGUUCAUCUCAGGGCUGACAUAGAGAGACGAACAACCGUCCAUAAUUACAUUCACACCUACGGGUAAUUUGAGAGUGGCCAGUUAACCUAACCGCACUACUGCAAGUUUUUGGGAUGUGGGAGGAAACCGGAGAACCCGGAGUAAACCCACGCAGACACAGGGAGAACAUGCAAACUCCACACAGAAACACCCUGACUCGAACCCAGAACCUUCUUGCUGUGAGGCGACAGUGUUAACCACUACACCACUGUGUCGCCCUGGUCUGUGUUUUUUAAAAGCUAAACAGACAAAAAUUUCUGCACAAUAAGUUUAAAAGAGCGUCCACUCUGUACGAAAGAGGAUUCGGGCCACACGAAGAGAAAAAAAACUAAUCACAGGAAGAGAUUAAAGUCGAUAUUUUGAGAUUAAAAAAAUUGAAAUUAUGUCAAAAAAGUUGAAAUUUCGAGAUUAAAUUGAAGUUUUAAGAUUACAAAAUCUCGAAAUUUUUAGAUUUAAAAAAAAUAAUUUUCAGAUUAAAGUCAAAAUUUUGACUUUCACGUAAUUUUGAUUUUUUUUACAUAAUUUUUUUCAUUUUGACUUAAAAUUGCGACUUGAAUCUAAAAAUGGAAAUUAAAAAAAUCUCCCUCCUGUAAUUUUUGUUUUCUCUUCUUGUAGCCCUAACUCUCUUUCGUCAGUCUGUCAAAAAGCAUCUUUUUUCACCAGACAGUAAAAGAAUCACAAACAUGAUUUCAUUUGAAUCCAGAAAACUUUUUAGUCCUCAAACACAGUCUCCACUUUCUCCACGUUAAAUCAAACGUUGACACGUUAAAGACCUUUAAUAAAACACGGACACCUUUCAUGACAUGAAGAUGAAAAACUCCGUAAAUCUCUCGGUGAACACGGCCAGCUGUUGAGACCUUAUCGAGUUUGUUUAUGGAAAGCAGACAGUUUUAAAAAGAUCUGAACUCUCUCUGUGAGACCGGCUGCAGCUGCUGGUGUUCAGUGUCCAAGGACAGACAGGAGGACGGAGGAGACACAGCUGAGUUUGGUUUGCUACUGAAGAGUAGUUUUAGUGUAUCUAUAUUUAUUCAAUUUAACCAAUCAUUAAAAUAAAACUCGUUAAAUCUCACUGGGCUCCCCUUUUCUCUCGUUACGUUAAAGUCACGGCGCUCUUCACAGUAGACUUCCUGUCUGCUCUCCUGCAGGUACCUCUCUAUGGCCGAGUCCAUGGAGGCCACAGACAUCCUCAACCCCGCUCUGAAUUAUGGGAUUGUGGUGGACUGUGGCAGCAGCGGUUCUCGGGUCUUCGUUUACUACUGGCCCCCCCACAACGGGAACCCCCACACCCUGCUGGACAUCAGACAGAUGAAGGACAAAGACCGGAGACCUGUGGUCAAGAAGAUCAAACCAGGUGAGGAGGAGGAGUUGAUGUUUGAUGUUUUUAUGCAGCUAUCAGGUUUGUUCGUCCUCUCAGGUCAAAGGUUGUGAAGUUGUAGAUAUCCUGAGGUGGAUUAUAACCACAGAAGAAGUCCUGCUCACAGUUAAUCAAACAAGCUUGGCCCUCAGAGUCUAAAUCUGCUCCCUGAAUUUGUUUGUUUACGUGUUUGAAAAUCUCUCUCUCUGGGGUUUUCUGGUGCAGACACACAGUAACCAGACCGUCUGUAAGGGUUUCUUCAUAAAUGAGUCACAUCAGCAGAAAAGUCACGCUCAGUCUCUGUGAAUCUCAGGCAGGGAGGACAGAUUAGAUUGGAGACAGGUUAGAGAGCUGCGUUAACGCCACGUCGCACUUUGAACCCUGUGACUUAACAUCACAACCUUCACGGUGGAACGUUCUCCAUGCUGCAGGAGUUAAAGAGACACUCGCACACAUCAGUGAGGUUCUUUUAUUCCAUGUAACCUCCAGCUGGACUGUAACAGUGAACUCAAGUUUAAAAACAUGUUUCUGAGUCAGUGAACGUGUUUGUUGAUGAUUAAUGAACCCAUAAAAAGCCAAAUACAAAUAUAACGUCAGCGUUGAGGUCCAUCAGUAGUUAUGUUUACGUGGGCAAAAUUUCCUGAUCCGAUAAAAAAUCUGAGGGAUCAGAAAAUCUGAAUCAACAGUUUCUACAGGAACAAAGUCGAAUAAUCCGAUCAUGACGCACCAAGGUUUAUUCAGAUUAGAAACAUUUGGACAUGCUCAGAGUUGUCUGAUUUUGAUAAAACAACCACAGAAGAAGAAGAAUUGUAUUUACGACUGUACUGUCACUAGAUGGCGCCCUUGCGUACUUAUUUUACUGUCUGUCAAAGGUUGCUCUGUUGCUCCGUACACUGUUUGUACACCUCGUUAUGUUAUCAGAGGAGCAGACACGACACCUGAGUGUUAAUAAUGAAACCUCCUGAACUGGUUCAAUAAACAAAGAGUGAAGAUGGAGUCAGGUUAGAGAGUCACGAUCAGAAUCAGGGUUUACAUGGACGAUCGGCAUAAACCAGCCCUCUGAUCGGAGUACAAUUUCUUUCUGAUUGCGCCGAAAUGGAUCAGAAUCUUCCGAUCGACAUGUUUAUAUGACGCGUUUUUAUUCUGAUCGGGCGUUUAUUCAGAUUAUUUGUACCCAUGUAAACGUAGCUGAUCAUAACAGCUGUAGCUAUAACCCGUAUGUUUUAAUGCAGAGGGUCGACUCAGAUAUCUGCAGCAGGAUCUUACAGUUAUGGUUGUUCGACUUUGCCAAAUGUGUGUUUUCGGUCUGUUCCGUCUCUCAGGUAUCUCCACUCUGGCAAAAACGCCGACUCAGGCCAGCGACUACCUCCAUCCUCUGCUCAGCUUUGCUGCCGCUCACAUCCCGAAGAACAAACACAAAGAGACCCCGCUGUACAUCCUCUGCACCGCCGGCAUGAGGCUGCUGCCCGAGAGGUGGGCGUGAGACAUCUUCUGAUUUUAAACUCUUGCAGGAAAACAACACAAUCCAUUACUUUUAGGUUCAUUGUUAUUCAAAGUGUGUAGAUAAUAGAUGAAAAAUCUUCAGAUCUAAACUCACCAAAAGCUGGUGAAAGAGAGGAAGUGGACGGAGCGAGUGAAGAUGAGAAAAAGAGCUUCGAACCAAAGAAACAAACACGUCUGUUAACUCAGAUCUUCUCGUGUUUCUUCAUAGAUUUGUUUCUUGGUUUAAAAGUUUAUAAUGUCCACAAACUCAUAUAAUUAUUGAGUUUUUAAAAUCAGGUCUCUGUUCUGGAUCACAGUCAGCAGGUGGACAUCUUGGAGGACCUGAUCACUGACGUCCCUCUGGAGUUUGACUUCCUGUUCUCGCGCUCACACGCCGAGGUCAUCUCAGGGAAACAGGAAGGUAAGGAGGCGCACAGAUGUGUGUCAGAGUUAACCAGAGUAACUCUGUCUGUGGUGUCUAACCGCUCUCUGUCUCCUCACCCUGAAGGAGUGUACGCCUGGAUCGGCAUUAACUUCGUGUUGGGCCGCUUCGAUCAUGCCGACAAGGGUGAGUGUGGCGCUUUAAUGCCGCCGCUGUCUCUGGAUGUCUCUGGAAGUCUCCAAAGUAUAAAAAUUGAUCAUUAUUCUGUGACGUUUCCCAGAGGACAUCACCGUCGAGGCAACAACAGGCUCUCUGAACCAGCGGCCAAUCAGCAGGCGGCGCACUGUGGGCAUCAUGGAUAUGGGCGGGGCUUCCUUGCAGAUUGCAUAUGAAGUUCCAGGUGUCAUCACCUUCAGUUCACCACAAGAAGUGAGUUAGUGUGAAAGUCUGUGCGGUCUGAGGUGUGAGGAAGUGUCUGUUUGGGUCAGUUAUGGCGCCCCCCUGUGGACACAUCUUAGUUCAUCUCGUCCCUUAAUGCUAAAGGACCUUUAGACGACUCCUCCUGGUCUGCAGCAGUGUGACGUCUCUGUGUGUUUCAGGAGGAGGCGGGGAAGAGCGUCCUCGCCGAGUUCAAUCUGGGCUGCGACGUGGAGCAUACGCAGCAUGUUUACAGAGUCUACGUCGCCACGUUUCUGGGCUUCGGAGGAAACAUGGCCCGGCAGCGCUACGAGGACCAUCUGGUCAACAACACACUGGCAAAGAACAGGUACGAAGAAAACGCGCUGACUGGAACGCCAUGAAGCAGGUUUGUGUCUGAUCGAGAGGAGGGUGAAAUUCAUCGAUGUGUCGGCGCAUCGCGAUGCUUCAUGUGAUGAUUCGGCAUUAAUGAACAUCGAUGCGUUAAAACGGAACCUUAACCACAACAAACAGAGCACGUUAGUUUCUGUGCUAAAUGGUAACGGCUUCAGCAGCCUUCAAAGAGCGGCCGAUUCUCUCGCCACCAGGGUCGACUGCAACCGAGCGGAAGAACUUUGGUUUUUAUGAGAGAGCGAACAAGACGACUGACAAGACCGACACGAUUUUCAAGAUUUGCAAAGUGAAAAGAAAAGUAUCUCAGCAGCACCACAAAUGUGAGGCACCACUUUGUACGCUUUUAUCCUGAAACAGAGAAGGUUCCUCCGGUCGUGCCCGCCACACAGAGGACCAUCCUGAAGACGAGGGCUGGGCGAUAAACCGAAAAUUUACAGAUACAGAAAUUUACGACAAUUACGGACGUCAUUCUGCCCAUAUCUGUAUUUUCACUGUCAAAAUAUAAUUAAAUAAAUCAAAGUUGCUUUUAAAUGUGUGUAGGUAGGCUAUGGUCUCAUGUCCCUUUAAGACGCUGUCCUACGUCAGAGACGUGACUCCACCCCAUCCAGUCCGUAACAAAGAGGUAAAGACAGGAGAGGAGAUGGAGGACGGAGAGAAAGUUGGAGCAGCUGAAGUAGACGAAGUUAAUGUGGGAGGGGGUGAGCAGCUGGUGGAGGAGUUAUCUUCCAUUUAUCGUUAUCAAGGUGAAGUGAUCAAUAUAUCGUGAUAUUGAUUUGAGGCCAUAUCGCCUAGCCCUACUGGAGACUCUCUAAAAACUAAAAAUAUUUUGUGUCUUUAAAAAAUACGAGUCAAAGUUUAAGGCCACAGAUGAAGAUGAAAACCAUCUUGGAAAAAAAGCAUCAAAAACAGCAAUAAUUGAAGAAUCGUGGCACCAAUUAGGGCUGGGCGAUAUGUCCUCAAAUCAAUAUCACGAUAUAUUGAUCAGUUCACCUCGAUAACGAUAAACAGACGAUAACUACUCCACAAACUGCUCACCCCCUCCCACAUUAACUUCGGCAAAAUGACGUCAUUUAUUGUUGUAAAUUUCAGUAUCAGUAAAUUUUCGGUUUAUCGCCAAGCCCUAGAACCAAUAAUCAAAUCGACAAUCAUUAUAAUUAAAGAUUUGAAUCAUAAGAUACCCUUGAUGGAACAGUCCUGAUCUGAUCCAAACAAACUGAAACUUAAUGUUUUAAAAUUUCUGCUUUUUUAGCUUCCAGAGUGAGAGAAUCUUUUAUUCGAUAAGCGCCCUCUUUUCACGACACUCCGCAGACACCAACACAUGCUCCGUAAAUCUGAGCAGAUGGUUCACAGAAGAGUUUGGUUAAGAACAGGCGGUCUGCUGCUCAGUCCUGCUCACAUUUCCAACAGGAGAGAGCCUCGGUCCAGACGUCCAGAUUCACAGAGUUUCUGGUCUUUAACGUGUCCGCCUGAUUAUCCUCCCCCUCUACUUCAUGUUUGUCCAGGUUCCUGACCACACAGACCGGUCUGAGUGAGGACAAACCGUACCUGGACCCGUGUCUGCCAGCAGGUCUGUCAGACACGGCUGUAAGGGACAACCACACCCUGUACCUGAGGGGUCAGGGGGACUGGACUCACUGUCAGGAGGCCGUCAGACCCUUCCUCGGCCUCCACAACGGCACCAUGUCACCAGGAGGAGUCUAUCAGGUACAGGAACCGAGAUUUCCAGCGUUCGCAGCUGAUUGGUCGAUGUGGUCUGCGUUCUUCUUUAAGCAGGAAAACCAAAAAGAAAGUUUAAAUGUUUUUUUUCUUCUUUAGGCUCCGAUCAACUUCAGCAACAGCGAGUUUUACGGCUUCUCAGAGUUCUUUUACUGCACAGAGGACGUCCUGAGGCUGGGAGGACAGUACGACAGUCAGAAAUACUCCCAAGCUGCAAAGGUAUUCACAAACAACACUUUUAUAGAUGUCAGCUGACCUGAAAUGUGAACGUGAUCAUGAACGUGUCAUGGCUCCUCCCUCUGCAGGAUUACUGCUCGACUAAGUGGACGACCCUGAAGCAGCGUCUGGACAACAAGCUUUUCUCCCAGCAGGCCGACACGGGCAGACUCAAGUAAGUUCAUCUCAGAUCUGUCUCCUCCAGCUGUCUUCAUCCUGGUCAAGAGUGUCGCUUAGCAACCAGAUAGACAUGUACAAACCCCGCCUCUUACAGCCUGAUGUCCGUCCCUCUGCUCAGGUAUCAGUGCUUCAAGUCGGCCUGGAUGUACGAGGUUUUACACUCCGGUUUCCGUUUCCCCGUCAACUACCAGAGUCUGAAAACAGCUCAGCUGGUUUAUGACAAGGAGGUCCAGUGGACUCUGGGAGCCAUCCUGUUCAAAACCCGCUUCCUGCCGCUCAGGUAACUCUGUCCGUACACCUGCAAACAGACCACGACUAAAUUCAAUUCAAUUCAAUUAUUUUAUUCGAUUAGCAUUUAAAAUCCACCCACAACAGAUACAUAGUAAAUUUCAAAAGCAUCAUAAAGCUAAUCGAAAAGCUGUAGGCUGAAGCUCAUGCUUAUUUUGCCUACCCUUUUUACAAAAAAACAAAAACUACAUGGUCUGAGUUACACCACAAGUCUUCUAAAGAAAAGGGAAAAAGAGAGAGAGAAAAGAUAAAUUCUCAAAACAUGUUAGAAAAUAAAUAAACCAACAAUAUUCCGUAACAAGUAUACAAACAGACACAACCAAAAAUUUCAAUAUUUUGUUACUGCUCUUCUUCAUACCGGAUUUACAUAUUUUCUUAUUGCUUUAGUUUUAUACAUGUUCUUAAAUAAGGAAAGUGAACUACACAUUCUUAAUUCAUCAUCACAGCUAUUCCACAAGUGAACACCUCUAACAGAAACACACCUCUGCUUAAUAUUCGUUCUUGUCUUAGUUUUUUUGAAGAAACCUGUUCCCCUCAAAUCAUACUCUCUCUGGUUUCAAACAGCCUCUGAGUACUACGGCAAAGUAAAUUAUUAUUAUUAUUAUUAUUAUUAUUAUUAUUAUUAUUAUUAUUAUUAUUAUUAUUAUUAUUAUUAUUAUUAUCAUUAUUAUUAUUAUUAUUAUUAUUAUUAUUAUUAAAUGACGCUGUCUGAAAAAAGGAGGUAGUUUAAUAAGAAGAAACAUGUUAGGGUUUUAACUCAUUCAGUGCCGUCGACAGAUUUUUCAGUGUUUAUGUUUCCCACCAGAGGGCGCUCCUCUCCAACAUGCGACUAAGUCUGGGGUCUGAACGCAGAAAAGCCGACAAAUAUGUCAUAACCACGUUACAAUAACAAAAACAAGUGUGCCAGUUAGCCGAGUCGUGGAGAGUUUUUUUUUCUCGGAGGAAAGUAGGAAAAUGCUGAAGUCAUGAGAGCUAACGGUCUCAGCGCAUCGGUUCCUGUGGGGGAGGUGCUUCCGUCUCUGGAUCCAGUGGAGAUCCUGGUAACGGACCUUUACAUCAUCGGCAGAAUUCACUUAUUUUUAGUCCAAACACAAGAGAUUCUGAGGGUCCUUAAAGAUACGGACAUUUCUGUUGAGGUUAACGGUGGCACUGGGUGAAAACAGCAUAAAUGAACCUGAAUGGAACUGAACGAGUUGAGGAAAUGUUAAAGAUAGAAAAGUUUGGACUUGGAUUCAGCUGUAAAACUGCUGAAUAUGCAAAGAUCUCUGUCGGUGCAACAGUCGGCUAAAGUGCAGGUUACAGAUUAAACUCAGACUGAGCGUCACAAACAGGAAGACUGUCUCAGAGGGUGGAUGGAUUCACUCUGCUGUCAGCCGUGUGUCGUAUAUUCAUGUUUCUCGUGUUUAACACGGCCUUGUGUCUGUUCCUGACGUCUCCAGGGACCUGCAGCAGGAAACGCUGAGGCAGAACCACCCCAGCUGGCUGCGCUCCUCCUUCGUCUACAACCACCACCUGUUCUCGCUCUGCAUCCUGGUGGUGGUGCUGGCCAUCCUGCUCUACAUCCUGCGCCUGCGGAGGAUCCACCAGCGAGAGCUGCGGCAGGCCGAGGUCCUGGACCUCAUCUGGGUGGAGGAGGGGGAGGCCCUCAUCGCCUGAACGCUGAGGGAUGGUUCCUGAUCGAUGACCUGCAGGGUCUGUGGGGAAAAAAAGACCCGUCCAGGUUUUAAUCGAUGCAACACAACAGAGCUGAACCAGAACCACGCCUCCUGGGAUCCACGGGUCUGUGAGGGGGCGGAGUUUAGCGUAAGUUAACCUGAUCCGGUGGAAACCUCUGAGCAUGAAGACAGAGGUGGUUCUCCUGCAGAGGAUCCUGAUGUCCAUCAUCGUUUGAUCCUGGAUCUGACCAAAUCCUGGAUGAUCCAGUUCAUGUGAUUCAAGACUUUCAGGGAUGCAGAUUCAGAGAAUUCUCUUUGGAAAUAAUUUAAUGAAAACAAAUCAGAAAAGUUUUUCCUUCAAUCACUUUUUUUUCAGCUGCAGCGUAAAGUGACGGUUUAACAAAGAUACAGAACAUGAAGAAAUAUAAGAGCUGUCCAACGUUAAAGAACGAGACGUGGAUCAGACUGACGCCUCAACAACAACCUGAAACUCGGUAACGUGUCGGUUUAUCGUCUGUGAAGUAUCGCUAUGGAAACUAAAGACGUCAGACUCCCCGUGACUUUUCUCCACGCCUGUUCUUAUCCAGAAAAAUAAUCAGUCCAGUUUCAGGAGUGCAGCCGGGUCACAAUCAGUCCAGUGGUAAAAACAGGAGGAACUCGACCGUCGUGUCUGUAGUGACCUGUGACCUUGUAGAGACCUGGUGUAAUCCUGCAGCCCCCCCAACGCCACUGUGAACAACACCUUCAGGCUUUUCCCUGAUACCUGAAUGUCACAUGAGUUUUAUCUCGACAGCGAACAAAAACCUGAACAUCUGAACAAUCAGUGACUUUAUAUGAUCUCUGAAAACAGACGCUCUGAAACCGUUUGAACGUCGAGCCUAAAUCGAACCUUUUUUGAAGCAGCUUCACUUGAUCUUUGAUUUCUAAAUAUCAGCGACAUUCCAAUAAUAUUGACUUUUGUGAUAAAUCUGAGUUUUUAUAUUUACUGACUGAUGUAAAUAAAGAAAUCUGAGCAGCUGUUUCCGACCCUGCUGGCCUGAAAAUGUGAUGGCGCCCCCUCCCCUCUGAAGUCCUCAACUUCUCUUUAAUUUGAACGACCUGCAGACGGAGAAAGAGAAGAUGAAGAAGAUGUCACCUCUUCUAAACCUCUCCUCCACCAUCAGAUCUCCAGCCGCCCCAGAAAUGAUUCAUCAAAGAAAACCACCGUUAUCAGCGUCACCAUCAUGAGUUCCCGCCAUCAAAGACUCUCUUUCAUGCUCCCGUUUCCUUCAAAGUCGUCCAGCUGACUGAUGAAGUCAGCCGCAGAGUUCGGCGUCAGACCGAGCUUUGAUUCUUUAACGCCGCCGCCGCGGUCCUGCCAAGACCUCCGACCGUCCAGCGCUGAUUACGAUCAAAAGAACCAGACGAGUGGAGUGGUGAAUUUGCUGAAAUAAGCGGAGAUCUGCUCAGUGUUUGGACGAGGGCGCUGACAGCAGACAAAGACCUCAGAGCGGAGGCCAGACUGGAGAUCAUAUCCUCUGAUCUUUGAGCGAAAACUCCAACGAAGAAGGGAGGAGACUUCUCUGAGGAGGAGAGGAGGAGAGGGUGGGGUUUAUUUCAGUUUACAUCUUCAGCUGUGAGUGACGCCACUGUUUUAGUCUUUUUGGUGAAAUUCACGUGUCCACUGUCCUCAGUGUCACCCCGGGAACUCAAAUGUUAGACACUGUUGUACUGUCAAAACAAAAGGAAAGUCACUGUCAGAUCCGUCCAGGAAAACCGAUUUUAAUUAAUGAAUUCAUGCUUCUGCGUCUGUUGGAGUCACGCCAUGAAGACUCCCGUCCUGAAGUGGGUCUAAACUGCUGUUCAAACUCACGUGGACUCAGGUCUGCAUCAGGUCAGUUUACCUGCAGGACUCUUCCACUACAGAGCCGUGUUGUUGUGGUCCCUGCAGGAUCUGGUCUGUCGUCGUCUCGCUGAAACAUGGAGGUCUUUCCGACGGUCUUUAAUCAUCAGAGCGGUUAAACGUCCCGCUGUGAUCAGGACUGAGGUGGUCAGCUCCACAACAAUGACGACACAGACGUGUGUCUGAGUAACACCUGGAGGAACGUCCUGAGGAGUGGGAUAAUCCCACAGUGGGGGGACUCUAUGAAAUGAUGUGAGACAUGACUCAUCAGACUUGACGAUGAUGACUCCGUCAGUGUUUUAGUUUGGCGUUGAUGUGAUGAAACUCAAACUGUGAUCCACGGUGUACUCCUGUCUUCUCUCUCCGUCCUGAUCUGUUCUCACCCUGGUCUGUUUACUCCCUCAUCUGGACUUUUCCUCUCCAAGUCCUGAAGGAGUUCUGAAACAGACUGUGAGGUCACUGUGGACACGUCUCAGAUCCAUCCUGACGCGGUUUCAGGGUUUCUGCUGCUCCUCCGAUAAAGGGACCAAUCCCUGAGCGUGUCUGUCCAGAGCUGGGCGCCGUGCAAUGUUGAAGACUUGAACGUGUUUUUAAUGAGGUCCAUUUAAUAUCAAUGUGAAGAGAAACGAUCCCAAUCCAAUAAAAAGAUCUUUUUUUUUAACAAA